UAUAUCGUAUCGUAUUUGAAUAUUUUGUUCUAUUUUGGCCUAUAUCCUGUCCAGUAUGUUUUCCUUUUCAAUUGCCGUUUUGAUGUUUUGUGGAAUACAUUUGGUCUACAAUCAUGCAGGAAAUAUGUUUAGGACAUGGUGCAAACUUGGCAGUAUUUGAAACCUUAGAUAAACUGCUAUCGAUGAAACGUAAAUUAAAAAAGAUGAAUACUGGUUUAAGUUUCCACCUGGGUGGACGUAACAUCAACAGACAUAUUUCUGGGGGAGAUUGGCGAUGGCUUUGGAAUGGAAAGAUGACCAAGAUGAAAUACUUUGCAUUUGGUGAUGGACAACCAAAUGGAUCUUUUGGUAGCCCUCAAGACUGUUUGUUAUUAUAUGUUAAUAAUCGUUAUAACCUCCAUGAUAAUGAUUGCGACUAUUCUAAAGCAGGAUUUAUCUGUGAAAAGUAA